GUCGUCGUAGUCGUCGUGUACAGCCGUGAGCCGUCGCGCCGCGUUGUGUAUUGGAGAGGAGUAUAUAGCUCGGGGGGGCCCCGGCGUGCGCGCGUGCAAAAUAAUAUAUACAAUAAUACGCCGUGAACGCGAGGCAACACACAAAAUAAUAAGUUUACAAAUACGUGACGGCCAAGAGGAAACGAACAACGAGCCGAGCCGAACGCAGCCCAACGUCUCUGGCUGUCGUCGGCAUUGCAGACGCUUUUUUUCACCCGCGCAGUGGAAAAGUGUUUCGCAAAUCUUACGCAGAAAGAGAGAGAGCAAGAAAAGUUAUCGCAUAGUGCAGUGAUGCAGCUUUAAAUUUUCUUUUUUAUUUAUAUUAUAAUAUAGGGUAGAUCGUUAAGGCUCGCUCUCUAUCUCUCUCUCUAUUUCUCCAAGUUUUAUUCGAUUAAAUAAAUACAUGUGUGUUUGUCAAAUACGUUUCGUUUAGUUCGCCUUUUUAGUUUCGUCUUUUACCGUUGGUUACGCUUAAAUUAUCUCCGACUAAAAGUGCUCGAUAACGAAAAAUGUAUCCGUAAUAAUAGAUCGAGUCCAGUGAUGAUAAUUCGAAGUUCGAUCGAACGCGGAAGCAGCAAGAAGGACAUGAAUCCGUUCCGCAGUGCAACGGCAGCUGGAGGAGGUAGAAAUCCAUCCGAGCUUUUCGGCGAUUUUCUACGUUGCUGAGGAAAUCCUCCUUCGACUCUUCCACGUGUGUGUAAGAGAAGAGUGCGUGUGCUUGCGGGCCAGCAUAUCACACGACAUCGCUGCCGAGGAUUCAAUACCGAUUCCAUCGCCGUUGUUUCGACCGAUCGGAGCUCACAGUGCGGAGGUGUGGUGAAUAAAAAUUACAACGACAAAAAGACACUUGCGAAACUCUCUCGAUAUUCCUAAGUGAUUGCUUGAAACAUUUUGUAAAGUGCGAAAUUGAAUCGAUCCUUCUUGUUUGGUGAUUUGCGACAGAUAAAUAAAAUCGUAUAAACACUCGUUCUAUAUUCGUCAAAGAAGAAUCAGAAAAAAAAGCAAUCAUGGCGCUCUCGGCACAGAAUCAGUCGACGUCGUACGUUAACCUGUACUACUCGAUAGUGCAACGCGCCGCAACGCGCUACUUCAAGGAAUACUACAAUUCUGAUACUGGCACGCCGUACGUGUUGUACAAAGACAACAUGGAGAGACCCCAAAGCCAGUGGGGCCCUGGCCCGGGAUCUCUCCAGGACGGCAGCCUCUACGCUCAACAACAACAGCAGCAGCAGCAACAACAACAGCAACAACAGCAGCAGCAACAGCAGCAAGCACCGCAGCAAAGCUCCUCGUCAUCCGGUAGUCCUCAGCAGGCCUGUGGGCCACCGGUCGAGAACGAGAACGGCGCCCAGGCGGCCAAUCUCGCGUCGCCCGUGCCGUCGCCCUAUCCAUCGACGGCCCAAGACCAGCCACAAGCUCUCACACCACCCGACGAAGAGAUGCAGGCUAAUCAGCAGCAACAGCAGCAGCAACAAAACGCCCAGCAACAACAGAAUGCCCAGCAACAACAGCAGCAACAACAGCAGCAGCAACAACAACAGCAGCAGCAAGUCCAGCAGCAAGUGCAAAACAAUCAAGACCACUCGCCGCAACAGCAGCAGCAGAUCGGCGGCCACGAGGUCGACCGCAACGACUGCUUCCCGUCGGGCGCGGAGCUGCAGCAGUACCCGCAGCACUACUUCAAGGACGCGCGGCCACACCCAUCGCCGUCGGUGCCGCCGCACAUGCUGGCGCCCGGCGGCUUCUCGGCUCUGCACUACCUCAAGCAGCCCGGGGUCAUGCUCACGUCGCUGGGUCAGACGGGCGACGCCGGUCCCGGGGGCCUGGAGGCCGCCGCGGCCCACCAGUACGCCUCGGCCAACGGGCCGAACAUGGGCGCCGGCGGCGGACUGCCCGACAUCGUCCAGCAGAACGGCAAGUCCAGCAAGUCGGCCAACAGCGAGCUGCGGCUGUUCAAGUGCCUGACCUGCGGCAAGGACUUUAAACAGAAAUCGACGCUGCUGCAGCACGAGCGCAUCCACACGGACUCGCGGCCCUACGGCUGCCCCGAGUGCGGCAAGCGCUUCAGGCAGCAGUCCCAUCUGACCCAGCAUCUGCGCAUACACGCCAACGAGAAGCCCUACGCUUGCGCCUAUUGCGAGCGCACCUUCAGACAGCGGGCCAUCCUAAAUCAGCAUCUGCGCAUCCACUCGGGUGAGAAGCCAUACCAAUGUCCGGAGUGCGGGAAACACUUCCGUCAGAAGGCCAUCCUGAAUCAGCACGUCCGCACACACCAAGACGUGAGUCCGCACUUGAUCUUCAAAAAUGGUAUGACACCGACCCUGUGGCCGCAAGACGUACCUUUCCCACCCGAAGAGGGCAAGGAAGAAGUAGCAUCGACUUUCGGCGACACGGACACUCAGUCGGGAGCUUUCAGCCCAGCACCGGGCGACGCCAACGGCACCCAGUACCCGGCUUACUUCAAGGACCCCAAGGGCAACAAUCACUCGGUGUUCGGGGCGGCGGGAAGCGGCGGCAGCUUCGGCGCCCUCCAGUACAUAAAGCAGCAGGGCGGCGGCGGAGGCGGCGGCAACGGCAACGGGGCCAACGGCACCAAGGGCUGUCUCCCCGACGUGAUCCAGCACGGACGCUCAGCCGGGAUGCCGCUCUACGUGCGCUGUCCCAUUUGCCAGAAGGAGUUCAAGCAGAAGUCGACGCUGCUGCAGCACGGCUGCAUCCACAUCGAGUCGAGGCCGUACCCUUGCCCCGAGUGCGGCAAGCGCUUCAGGCAGCAGUCCCACCUGACCCAGCAUCUGCGCAUACACACGAACGAGAAGCCCUACGGCUGCGUCUACUGCGGCCGGAAUUUCAGGCAGCGCACCAUACUCAAUCAGCAUCUGCGCAUCCACACGGGCGAGAAGCCCUACAAGUGCCAGCAAUGCGGCAAGGACUUCCGUCAGAAGGCCAUCCUCGACCAGCACACGCGCACCCACCAGGGCGACAGGCCGUUCUGCUGCCCGAUGCCCAACUGCCGGCGUCGCUUCGCCACCGAGCCCGAGGUCAAGAAGCACAUCGACAACCACAUGAACCCGCACGCCGCCAAGAUCCGGCGGAACUCGAGCAACGAGGCCAAGCAGGCGGCGGCGGCAGCGGCUGCGGUGGCGGCCAGCAACGGCGCGGCCACACCCGGACCGGGAGGUCCCAGCGGCCUCGGGCCCGUCAGCGUCGCCCGCGGCCUCACCCCGGCCGUCGUCAAGCCCGAGCUCUACUUCCCCCAGUGCUACGCGCCGGCCUUCAAUCACCAGCCGUCGGUCUCCUCGGCCCAGUUUCCGGUGGGCCAGUCCAACGUCGUCGUUACCGGGGAAUUCAAGCCGCCCACCGGUCUGCCGCCCCAGUGACUAGCCGUCCAUCCUGCGGCAUACUAGCAGGCAGGAAUACCGCUGAGGUUUCAGCGAUGCAUCGGUGGCAGCCCGGGACCGAGUGGCGCAGCUAGUGCCAACUCCAGUGCCGCCGCUCAGCAGCA